AUGGCAUUGAUACAACAGAUUCCUUCGUCUUACGCCAAUGAAACCACACAACUCUCUUCUAAAAUCCCCUGUUUUUCUCGCGCGGUUCAGCAACAUAUAUCAUCAUCAUCCCCUGUUUAUUUUCGUCAUGUAGCCUUUGUUUCCACGACGCACACAACGUGUUCGACUAAAAUCCCCAACGAACGUACAGCGAAAACGAGCUCUGGCCUCAUCUCAACAAGACACCGAGUAGAUCCCAACAAAGAAUUGUCUCGGAUUCUGAGAGCAGAUGCUGCUGUUAAAGGCAUCGAGAAGAAAGCCAACUCCCAAAAGUACAACACUUUGUGGCCAAAAGCUGUUCUUGAAGCACUUGAUGAAGCUAUCAGAGAGAAUCGAUGGCAGUCUGCUCUCAAAAUUUUCAAUCUUCUAAGGAAGCAGCAUUGGUACGAGCCAAGAUGCAAAACGUACACAAAGCUGUUGAAAGUGCUUGGGAACUGCAAACAGCCUGAUCAAGCGAGCUUGCUCUUCGAAGUAAUGUUAUCUGAAGGAUUGAAACCUACCAUUGAUGUGUACACAUCUCUUAUAGCAGUUUACGGCAAAAGCGAGCUGCUAGAAAAAGCAUUUGCCACGCUUGAGUAUAUGAAAUCUGUAAGUGAUUGCAAGCCAGAUGUGUUCACCUUCACUGUUCUCAUAAACUGCUGCUGCAAACUUUCCCGGUUUGAUCUGGUUAAACGGAUCCUUGUCGAGAUGUCGUAUCUUGGAGUUGGAUGCAGCACGGUGACUUACAACACUAUCAUUGAUGGGUAUGGAAAAGCUGGUAUGUUUGAGGAGAUGGAAGAUGUUCUUGCUGAUAUGAUUGAGGAUGGAGAUUCUUCUCUUCCGGAUGUUUUCACUUUAAACUCCAUAGUAGGCUCGUAUGGAAAAGGCGGUGACACGAGGAAGAUGGAGAGCUGGUAUAAUAGGUUCCAGCUGAUGGGAGUGCAGCCAGAUGCGACCACGUUUAACAUUUUGAUCAUGUCGUUUGGUAAAGCUGGGAUGUUCAAGAAGAUGAGCUCUGUUAUGGACUUCAUGGAGAAGAGAUUCUUCUCCCUGACGACUGUGACUUACAAUAUAGUGAUUGAGACGUUUGGGAAAGAAGGGAGGAUUGAGAAAAUGGACGAUGUGUUCAGGAAGAUGAAGUAUCAGGGAGUGAAACCGAACAGUAUCACUUACUGUUCGCUUGUUGAUGCUUACAGCAAAGCUGGUCUUGUGGUGAAGAUAGAUUCGGUUCUGAGGCAGAUUGUGAAUUCAGAUGUGGUGCUUGACACGACGUUCUUCAACUGCAUCAUCAAUGCGUACGGUGAGGCUGGUGAUCUUGCUACGAUGAAGGAGCUGUACAUGCAAAUGGAAGAGAGAAAGUGUAAGCCUGAUAAGAUCACUUUUGCUACUAUGAUCAAAACAUAUGCUGCUCAUGGGAUAUUUGAUGCAGUUGAGGAGCUUGAGAAACAAAUGGUUUCCACUGGAUACGACACUUCGCUUCCUGCCAAUGAGGUAAACUUUGCUUUGAGAGACCACUUCUCUUCCUGUGGAGAGAUGAUACAUGUUUAUAUUCCCAAAGACGUUACGAGUGGUCUUCUCAACAGGUUUGGGUUCGUUUACGUUCGGGGAGAAGGAUACGACACUUCGCUUCCUGCCAAUGAGGUAAACUUUGCUUUGAGAGACCACUUCUCUUCCUGUGGAGAGAUGAUACAUGUUUAUAUUCCCAAAGACGUUACGAGUGGUCUUCUCAACAGGUUUGGGUUCGUUUACGUUCGGGGAGAAGGUCAAGAAGAGAAGGUGUUGGGACUUAGUGGACGUGACAUGGGAGGACGGAUCAUAGUCGCUAAGCCUUACCCGUUUGAUGAAACGUACCUUGAACCUGAGGUGGCUCCCAUGAGAGCUGCAGCUAGCCCACGGCAACGCACGAUGGUAGUAACCGGAUACGACAUUAGGCUUCCUAAGGAUGUUGUCGAGAGCAUGCUGCGUAUGCAUUUCAAUCUUUGUGGAAGGCUAUCUUUUGUGCUUCCCGAGCUUUCAUGUGGAAGUGGAAGGGUAUCUUUUGGGGUUCCCGAGCACCUAGGGGGUUGUCUCGACAGCAGAGCUAUGGUUUACCUUUGGGGAGAGGACGCAGUAGAGAAGGCGCUGCAACUUAGUGGACGUGAUGUCGGUGGAUUGAACAUUGUUGUUGUUAAGGUUUGUCCCCCAGACAGAAGUUUCGGCCCCUGUGGCUUUAACCCGCUCGCCCCUCCUAUCUAUUCUUUGACUUCUUGA